CAAAAUCAAAACAAGCAAAAAAUUUGCAAAAAAAAUUUACUUUUUAUUAAUUAAACUAGCUGUUAAAUAGAAAUCAUGAAUAUUUUAAGGCCUUUCGUGUGUAGAAAUUUGUUGCGAAACACAGUUAAAAUUUCACUCUCAGCAAAUUCAGCAUUAAUUAACAUAACUAAGGAUUUCUAUGGAAAUCAGAGAUCUUUCCUGCCAUACUCAACAGCCAAAAUGCUCAGCUCAAUGCCGUCAAAUGAUGGAAUCUUGAAGAAGAUUGUGAAAAAAUUCGUAAAGCAAAACACAAAAUCGAAACUUUUGAGUGCUGGGGUAUUGCUGUAUGAGAACAUAGCAGAUGGAAUUAACUAUGGAGAGUUCUUUAGUGAAUUUGGUAUGAAGGAUGCAUUCAAUUCCUGGUUUUUGGUCACUGAACUUCACGUCUGGAUGUUGGCAUGUCGAGUAAUGCAGGAAGGUUCAAAUAAUAACGAAGAUGGUAGAUUCUUAAGGAAUUGUAUAGUCGAAACUAUGUGGUCUGAUGUACAGACACGAUCAAAGAAAUUAGGUUCCGAUAAUCCAUCAUUUACGAGGAAGCAAGUCACAAUCCUUUCAGAGCAAUUUCAGGCAUGCUUAAUAUCUUAUGACGAAGGCUUAUCGUUCGAUGACAAAGCAUUAGCUAGUGCUCUUUGGAGGAGAUUCCUCGAAGCUGAAUGUGGGGAUUUUGUAAAGCUAGAAACAUUAGUCAGAUACGUUAGAAGAACAGCACAAAUGCUGGAUAAUUUAGAACGUGACCAGCUUGUGUCUAGUCCUAAAAUCGAAUGGCUACCAUUAAAAUAAUUAAUACAAUUGUUAAGCAUGUAGAGCAAUAGAAAUAAAUUGAGUUGGAUGAGA